AUAUAAAUAUUUCACUAGAAUUUGAUAACAAUAAUAUAACUACUGAAGAACCAUUAACAGAUAAUCAAAUAAUUGAAAUAAUAUUAGAAGAAAAUAAUUCUGCAUCACAAAAUAUUAAUAAUGAAUCUAACAGUAAAGAAAUAUAA